AUCCAUCUAUGCACAACGGAACAGGUUUUCUUCGGCCGAAAGCGCGGAACACCUGAACUUCUCUCAGUUGUCCCUUUAAACCGCGAACUGUUGUUUUGUUGUCAUCGUUGGAAGAAUUCUCGUACAGUGCUUUUUUUGAAACUUGAUCGUCAUGGCUCCGUCGGAAACGAGUGUCCAGACAACUAAUACGCACAAAACAGAAUCUUCGUACUCCGGUGGCGUAAAAGUGAGUACAAAAACCGAAUCUACAGGAAUCGCUGACAAUUUGGAGUUAAAUCCGUGGUAUUUCAAAACUGUUCCUGGAAUACUCAAGCUUGUGCAGCUGCUGUUUGCCAUCAUCUGUAUGGGCUGUGGCUCUCCCGUCGUCACAACAUAUACCAACUUCUUCAUGUUUGUUGUUGCCAUCUAUUUCAUCAUCACACUCGUUUUCUGUAUCAUAUAUUUCUUCACAAUUAGGAGACUCUUUCCCAAAUUACCCUGGUUACUCAUAGAAUUAACAACUACAGCUGUUGGCGUUGUACUCUACUUCAUCGUCUCUGUAGUUCAACUGGCAGCCACUAACAGGAGAGAUUAUCAUUACGCCUUGUCUCACCAUGGAUAUUAUUCAUCUUAUAUAGCUGCUGGAUGCUUUGGACUAUUUAACUUUUUAGCGUACGCUGCCGGUACCUUCUUCUUAUUUAUGGAGUGGAAGCAAUCCAAACCCGCAGCAAGCGUCGCAACCCCUGCAACGACGACCACUCCCGCUGCCAAUGGACAAUGAGGCCUCCCUUUAGAAUGGACUCAUCCAUAUAAUAAGACAGUUUUCUCGACAUCUAGUGCUUUAGAUGUUGAACAGUCCACGAACUAUUGGAAGUUUAAUAUCUUUUUAUGGAAGUUUUAAACUUCCCAACUAUAAAGAAGUUUAUAUAUAUAUAUACACACAUACACACAUAUAUAAAUGCAUAUAAUAUUAUGGCCUUUGAAAAGUAUGAUGGCCAGUAAAAACAUUGUGUAAAAUUAAUUAUAUAAAAACAUGACUGUGUUUAAAGCAGAACGCAAAAGAUAUUGUGAAAGUUAUAUUCUUCGUUUUAGAUUGCCAUUUUUUAGUAGCUAGAGCAUUCAACUAUGACCCCAGCAACUGGAAUGUUUAUAAAUAAAGUGAGGCAAUUUAAUACCCAGAAUGAAGUAGUAACACUCAAGAGUAAAUCUUUCAAAAUUACAUGAACAUUCGUGUGUAAACCUGAAUGAACUAAUUCAUAAUUAAAUUUCGAACUGACAGAGGCAAGUCUUAGUUAUUGGAAAGUCUAUUGCAGAUAUCUAUGGGUACAUUUCGGUAUAACGAUGGUAGUCACAAUUUAGAACAGCGCAUUAACAUAAAGUAUUAUGUGAAAAUCAGAAAGUGCACUUCUGAAGUAUUAGAAUUGUAGAAAGUGGCACAUAGGGUCUGCAGAAUGAAAAAUGAAGAUGCAUUGAAAAGCAGAGUGUGUUUGAAUGAUAUAAGAGAUUCAAAGAUGACCGAGAAGAUGUGAUGGAUGAUCUCCAAAGUGAAAGCAACACGAAUAAGCAUGACGGAUGCUGAUAUUAAGACAGUGUAAGAUACGAUACGUUACAAUAACUAAUUAAGAGAGAGACUAAUAAUUGAAGUAUUGCAAAUUAAUCGAGAAACAGUUAAACUAAUUUCAGCUGAAUGAUUAGGCAUAAGCAAGAUUUCUGUGAAAUUUGUGCUUCUCAGUGCAAUUAAAACAGCUGACUGGAAAAUAAAUUUCUCAUUUGCUUUAGAAUUGGGAACGCUUUCUAAAAUUUUAACAUAACUAUAACUUCGGAGAGCAUUUUGAAGGCAACGGUAGCCAUUAACGUGUAGUUCUACACCUAAAAUAUUUUUUAAAUUACAUCCUGGGAAUUGAAUUAUUGCAUCUUGUACUGGAAGGGCAUGCCAUCGUUCGAAAUAUUUCCCUGUUCUUUUUAAUGCAUCAGCCCAUGUGUUAUUGUUUUAUCCCCUUUCAAAAGAAAGUGUUGGAUUUAGUGCAUAUCUACUUUCUUAUCUUUGUGAUGACAGUGGGAAACCCGGGGCUGAAUCUGGACUAUAACGCGGAUCACAUCCUUCUCGCUUACAUGUGGAACACAUUGAUCUUUAUGAGGAUUACAAAGCCUAGUCAAAAUUUUGGAGCUUAAAAUUCCUUCUCCUAUUAAAAGCUUAACGGUAAUCUUUUGUUCCAGGGACUGAGCACCUUCCUACUCAUUACUCUCACAUGUACCACAUGCGACAGACAAGUUCGAGCUUCCACUGCAUCCCAUGAACAAUCCAAAGUCUGGGUCGUAUUUGAAUGUCCUACUAUAUCUAGAGGAAGAAACUUUAAACGUCAUCUAAGAAGCUCUAAUGAAGGAAAAUGUGCGAUUCCUUUUUUUUAUUUCUUUAAGUGAAAUUUUUAUUGCAAAGGUUUGACUAAUAAAUACUUUUUUUCUUUCA